CCUCACCUCCACCUUUCAAUCAGAAAUCCCAUACGGUCCACUUUUGGAAAUGAUUGCUUAAGCGGUCGGGCUCUACAAGUUGAGCCGGGCAUAUUUCGUUUUGUAUAUCAUCAACGAGAGAAAAGGAAAUCCUCCGUCUUCCUCAAAAUCCUGCGGCGACCCCCCCCAAUUUGAUCGGAAAUUGAGACACGAAAGAAACGCCGCGUCGCAGGCUUUAUACGAAUCGCGAAGGAAAUAACACGCAUACUGAGAACGAGACCUUCCCCAAAUACCGCAAGGAAAGACCGACCCUUGAAGAGACUUCCGGGAAACAAGAAGAAAUCGCAACCAUGGAUAUCCACCGCUGUCGUUUCGUCCCCUACAAUCCGCAAGCGAUCAAUGCGCUCGCCUUCUCGCACCCUCCUUCCGCCGAACUCGCCGGCCGGGGUGUGCCGACGCUGCGACUGGCGAUCGGACGCGCCAACGGUGACAUCGAGAUCUGGAACCCGCUGCGCGGCGCCUGGUUCCAGGAGACGGUGCUGCGGGGCGGCAAGGACCGGAGCAUCGAGGGCCUGGUGUGGACGCAGGACCCCCAGGAGCCCGGGCCGGAGGGCACCAAGCUGCCGGGCAAGCUGCGCCUGUUCAGCAUCGGGUACUCGACCGCGGUGACGGAGUGGGAUCUGGAGCAAGGGCGGCCGCUGCGCCACUCGAGCGGCAACUACGGCGAGAUCUGGUGUCUGGCGGCGCAGCCGCGCUGGCAGGCCUCGUCGCGGAAGGGAGCGGCCAGCGGCCCCGCCGAAGGCGAGUAUACGGGCCAGCACCUGGCGGCCGGCUGCGCGGACGGGUCGAUCGUGAUCCUGUCCACCGCUGAUGGGGAGCUCCAGUUCUUGCGGCUGAUGCGCCCGUCGACCAAGCGGUCGCGCGUGCUCAGCGUCACCUUCCAGAACCGGAACACAAUCGUGGCCGGGUAUGCGGACAGCUCGAUCCGCCUGUUUGAUAUUCGCAAUGGCCAGCUGCUGCGCACGAUCUCGCUCGGUAAGGGGCCCGCCGGCGGGACGAAGGAGCUGCUCGUCUGGUCUGUCAAGUGUCUCCCGGAUGGGACGAUUGUGUCGGGCGAUUCGGCGGGUGAGAUCCGCUUCUGGGAUGCCAAGAACUACGCCCUUAUCCAGCGGAUACAAGGUCAUCUGGCGGAUACGUUGGAUGUCGCAGUGAGCGCGAAUGGAGAUACUGUUGUCAGUGGUGGUGCCGACCAGCGGACGGUCGUCUACCGGAAGAAGGAUGGGGAGAAGAACGACAAGAGGGCUCGCUGGGUGGAGGUCAUGCACCGUCGCUACCAUACGCAUGAUGUCAAGACCUUUGCUGUCUACGAGACGAGAGAUAUCAGUAUCGUCGUGUCUGGAGGACCCGACGCUACCCCCGUUGUCCUUCCACUGCGCGAGUUCGGCAAGGAACAUCACAGAAAGCUGUCCAGCUUGCCUCAAAUACCCCAGCUUGCUUCGUCGCCUUCGUCCCGACUGGUCAUGAGCUUCUGGGAUCGCGAGGUCAGCAUCUGGCGCAUGCUGCGUGGCCCCGUGUCGCAUGAGAUCCCUGACGGACAACGGCAUCGCUUGGUUGGCAAGGUUUUGAUUCAGGGCGAAGAGAACAUCACCUCGGCUAUGCUAUCCGCGGAUGGAAAGAUUCUGGUUGUCGCCACCAUUUCUACUAUCAAGGUCUUCGCCGUGCGUCGCCGCAAGGGUGACGAGAAGGGCACUCUCCGAGUCCAGAAGUUGGAUGUGCCCCAAGUGCUCGCAGAGGAUGGAGCCCGCGUGGUGACCGUGUCUCCCGACAGCCGGUGGCUCUGUGUCGUUCGCCCCAACAGCGCUCUCUACCUUGCCCGAAUCCAACCCGCUCCUACCGCCCAAGAAAAGCCCCAGAUCCUGCCCCAGCUUGUCAAGCUCAACCGGGCUUCGCGCCACCUUCGCUUUGAGAAAGCCUCCCACGGCACCCUCGGUGAAUACGAGCGAACGGUCCGCUGCGUUGUGUUCUCCCACGAUAGCAACGUUGUCGCCUCGGGCGAUCUUUCUGGCUGUGUCGACACCUGGGUGCUGGAGCAAGCUGACGAGGCGGCCUCGAAGAAGCCUAGCGCUGGAUCCGACGACGAGGAUUCGGACGACGAAGACGAAUCGCCCGUCAUCGAAGGCGAGCGGUGGAAGUAUGCGGCCGCCGAGUCACCGAUCCCGCGUCUCAAAUCGGGCGUUGUUCUCCUCUCCUUCCGACCGGCCAACCUCGCUAAGACCAAGCUUCUGACCAACGGCGACGCCGAUAACAAGACGAAGAGCGGCAGCAGCGAAACCCGGCUCAUGGCUCUGACGAGCGAACACCAGCUCGUCGAGUUCGACGCCGCGGAGGGCAAACUCUCCGACUGGUCGCGCCGCAACCCCAAGGCCUUCCUCCCCGCCGAGUUCCGGGGCGUCAAGGACCGCGCCAUGGGCUGCGUGUGGGAUCUGUCCAAGACCCGGGAACGGCUCUGGCUCUACGGCACCUCCUGGCUGUGGAUGUUCGAUCUCAACCAGGACUUCCCUUCUCCCGAGGAACUCACCGCCGCCGCCGACAUCCCUGCCAUCACCAACACCUCCACCAACAACACGACCUCCACCCCGAACAAGGACAACACUAAGAACCAAAAUACCCAACUCACCACAGCCAACAACAAUAACAACCAAAAACGCAAACGCGACCCCACCGAGGAUGACUCGACCGCCGCCCGCACCACCAAGAAACCCAACAGCGGUGCCGGAGACCGCAUGUCCCUCGCCCAAUCCGACAUCUUCUUCGGCACCAAGAUGCGCAAGAUCGUUGGUAAUGAUGACAACAACGCCGAGGAGAUCUCUCUAGAAAGGGUAGCAUCCCGGCCGCGUGGCCACAACAACGAGGACGAGGACGAGGACGAAGAAGACGAAGAGGAGCGCACUGCCCGGAACGAGGUCGCCUUGGCGCGACUCCGUCGCGAGCGCCAGGCCAUCGAGACCAGCACCCCGAUGAAGCGCGUCUCGCUCGGCGGUCGACAGGACAAGCUGCUGGCCGCCAACGCGGCCCACGACGUCGUCGGCUCGCCCUCCGCCCCGAGCAAGCAGAUCGUCCUGGCUUCCGGCAGCGCAGAGGACGGGUCCGCUAUCAGUAAGACCCUCCCCGCGCGUCGCUGGUGGCAUACCUACAAGUACCGUGAUCUGUUGGGUAUCGUGCCCCUGGGGAGCGGUAGUACCUACCACGCUGGUAGCGGGGAUGCGCUAUCGUCGUCAUCGGAAGAAGAAGAGAACGAGGAUGCGGGAGAAGGGUUCCUUGAGGUUGCCGUAGUGGAGCGACCGAUGUGGGAUGUGGAUUUGCCCGGUCGGUACCUGAGGGAUUAUGAGUGAGAGGGUGUUUGCCGGAGUGAGGUUGGAUAUGAUUAGGAAGAGACAGGGGUUUGAAAGAGAGUGUGAGUGAGGCAGUGUUUAUAGGUUCCGGCGCAGAAACAGUU